AUGGAGCCCCGCGCAAAGGCUCCACGCCAUGAGGCGAAGGGAACCUCCGUGAACGCCAUUUUUGCCCUGACGGGCCCAACGGCGGGAGUGUUGCGCAUUCGCGCGGACCCGCCCCUGCCACACCCGGGCACUAUUGAUGACGCCGCGAUGUCUGUGCUAGCUGGCUGUUUUGGGGCGGUGGCGGUGCCGGCCGAUCAGUAUUGGCGCGCUGCGUCGCAACAUCACAUGUUGUUUCAACCCGCUGAUUCUCGCGCGCAGGCGACGGCUCACCCGACAGCGCCUUCCACCUCGUUGUUGCUGGCCACACGAGCAGUGAAGCGUCCCGACCCAGCCGCCAUCCAGAGCUCAUUUUACGGCACAAGACUAGACGCCAUCUUGAGCCGCCGCUACAUGGUGAAUCACGGCUCCCUUGUCAUUGCGGCAGACAAUGGUAGUGGAUCUGGCGGAAAGAUGUACAACACGCUGCCCCGGCAAGAGUUGUCUUCCUUUAUUGGGGCAAUCCCGAUGUGCCACCAGCGCAAUCUCUACGUGCUGGUGGAUGAAAACGCCGCGGUGGACCCCUACUUUGAUAUUGAUUGUCCUGUGCCAUUUAAAUGGAUGAGGAAGAACAGAGGAGACGAGGCAGAGUUUGCUGCGGGGGAGAGACUGCACUCAGCGCCGUUAUCGUCGCCAUCUCUGCAGGUGGACAUGGCUUCUGUUGAAUACUGCCUGGGUCAGAUAUUGCGUUUCUUGCGGGAUAAAGUAGAGGCAGAAACAGGGGCUAAACUGCGGGAGUGUGCGGUCUUGACGAGCUCCGUGAUUGUACACAACGAUGUGAGCGUAAGCGAGAGUGCCGGGAACGACGUGGUGGCGCAGGAGGUGCAAAACGAAGGGGAGGCAGUUCCCUUGCUUAACCCCCGCGAUAGCAAGCUAAGUUUUCAUGUUCAUUUUCGUAUGGAAAACAAUACGGUCUUUGCCAAUGUGCGGGAGCUGCAUAAGUUUAUGUCGCGAGUUCGAGAGGAAUUAGAUGUGGCUCUUUCAUCGACGGAAGAUUCUGACUCUGUUUGCCUUUACCGUAUGCUGCGGCGGUGCAUUGACUUUGCCGUCUACACGCGUUGGCGGGCGUUUCGGUUGCCGUACAAUGUGAAGGCCCCACUCUACACAGAGUUUUCUCCCGCAGACGCCGCGGCGCUUGACCUAAUGAUCUUGGCUCUCUCGCAAUCAUCGUUGCGGUCGGUUGCUAUCCCAGAGGUUGACGUCGGCGCGGUGGCCCCGUCGGUGGUGCAACAUGUAGAUCUUUCUUCCUUACAGCAGGUGGCUUCACCAGUGCAGCGACAGCAUCAACUCCGCAUGAUGACGAAGCUUUUCUUUCUUUUCCGGUUUUUCCUGCCCGUAAUACCGGGCAGAACUGCGAUGGACGACAAGGAUCUUAUUGAUUUCUUGUCGAAGUAUGCGCCAUCUUUUCCAGGUGAGGACGAAAUAGAUGAGAGGUAUCGCCAAAAGGUUGCAUCCACCGUAUUUAAUUUUGCCGCGAUUCAGCGAGAGAACACUCCCGUGGGAGUGAGCGAGGAGUCCAAUGCCGGUUUGCUUCGUCUCAUUGCGUUGGAACAAAAGUCGAGUGAGCAACGAAGCGUAGAAACAUGUUGUGAUCCGUUUGUGGUGCCGCGGCCCCCGCGCCGUGAUGGUGUUCGUGUGCCUGUCCUUGAUAAGCGUGUGAAGGACCUAGUGGCCGAGGUUUUUCGAUGCCUGUGCGCCGCAUACGAUGGUUGUGGCGGAGGUGGGGUUAUGGUUAAAGCUGGUGGUGAGACUGGCGGCACACGGUGUGGGGGGACGCCCCCUGUUGUGGGGGAGCGGGUGAGUGUGCAGUACCAGGAGGGUAUCCGAGCUUACUAUGCGCAACAGAAACUGUCGAGGUAUUGCCUGAAUCAAGGCCGUGAGCAUCGUGGGACGUAUCCACAGUUAUACUUGACGUACGCGUCAAUCAAGUUGCGUUGCUACAGCAACGAUUGCCAUCAUAGUUGCCUUGCGGUGCGGUGGUCGGCCGAGGCCGAGGAGGCGGUGGUGGGGCCAAAAGCAAUAAUCCUUCCCGUCGACGAGUGCGGGUACCCAAAGUACGAGAGAUUGGCUCAGAUACGUCAGAUGCUCUUUCCACAACUUCCCUUGGAGGAGCUGUUGCGACGCUACGGCCCUGUGGUUCUUGGGGGGCCGCGGCAGGAGGAGCAGCCGGUGUAG